UCCUCGCAUUGUUAAGCAGGAGGGAAAAGUCGCGAGACUUUGUCUUAUUCCAUUCAAUUAUUUAAACAAGGGGAAGAAAAACUCAUGAGAGUUAUCUUCUAUCAUUUUCCUAUCCCAUGGAUGAAUCAGAUAUCAAAAGGCUUGAUGAGAUCGAUAUCAAAGCAGAGAAGGAGGAGGAGGAGGAGUGUUUCGAUGCGCCUGAAGAACAUAACCAGACGGAAACAUAUAUCCAACAGAGUUAUGUAACUAUUCUGAAAGAAGAAGAUAUCAGAAGUCGUAUGAAAGAGGAGAUUCAACGUGUUUCAGAUACUUACUCAAUCUCCAAAGACGAUGCAACACUUCUGCUAGCUCACUUUCGCUGGGAUGUUAGUGAAUCUGACAAGAAAUGGUCUGACAAUGCCAAAAGUGUUAAAGAAAGCGUUGGAUUAUUGGAGUUGGAUACACCACUUGAUUUACCUUCUGACGAUAAAAAAUUCUGUUGUGGAAUCUGCUUCAAACUACUCUCACUCGAGAAGUCUGCAUCGGUCUCAUGUGGCCAUCGUGUAUGCGAGUUCUGCUGGACAAGUCAUAUCAACAAUAGCAUCAAUGAGAUUCCAGAUGUUGACUGGUACUGGACAUUAAAAUGUCCAUACGGUAUUUGUCCAGCUUCGGUUGGUAGAGACAUGAUCGAGAGAUUUGCUUCAGAGAAAGAGAAGACUAAGUACGAUCGAUAUCUCUUUAGAUCUUACGUUAAUGGCAGCAAAGUGAUGAAAUGUUGCUCUGCCCAGGGGCGUAGCUGCGAUGUACAUCUUACUCCUGGUUCUGGAAACUUUGAUGUCUUAUGUCUCUGCUUGCUUAGUUUCUGUUGGAAUUGCAGCAAGGACACUCACAGCCCUGUGGACUGUGAAUCAGCUGCAAACUGGUUAGCAAUGAACAGUUCUGAUUACCAAGACCCCAACUGGGUACGACAGAACACGGUGCCUUGUCCUAGGUGUGAGCUAAGGAUUAUAGAAAAUCAAGAUUGGUCACUGAAGAUGAAAUGCUUACCACCUUGUAGCUAUGACUUCUGUUGGCGCUGCCGUGGUGUAUGGACUGAACAUGGUGGAGAAAAUGGCUUAGAUUUAUACACUUGUAUCCAUGAUGAGUAUGAAGAGACUGUUUUGGGGAAUACGGCAGAAUCUGCUGCAGAUAGAUACAGAGAUUGUCACCAAAAUUGGACGAAUAAUGAAUCGUUGAUGCAACUAGCAAAAGAAAAACUCCAGCAACUGCACACUGAUAUUAUUCCGGAUUUAAGUAACAAACAGUUAGCAACGGUACCGCAGCUUCAGUUCAUCGCGGAAGCUUGGUCUCAGAUCAUGGAAUCUAGAAGGGUCUUGAAAUGGAGUUAUGCUUAUGCGUAUUACCUAAGAGAGGACCAGGUCGAAAAGCAAGCUUUCUUGAAGCUCAAGCAAGACAAAGCAGAGAUUCCUCUGCGAAAGCUGUACAACUAUGCAGAGGAUGAACUGAAUGCGUUGCUUGACUCAGAUGGACCUUCGGAGAAUUUUAAUAAAUUCCGCAGCGAUUUAAGUGACUGGACUAGAAUAACGCGAAAUUACUACGAGCUUCUUGUAAGAGAUAUUGAAGAUGGCUUAAGUAAUGUUGUCCCUAACCAAGGCCAGUUUGUUGAGGAUUUGGAGUUACACAUCUAAGGGAAACGAUCUUGUAACAUUUAAAAUCAUUGCGAAUAAAUUUAUUUUAAUGUUUAAAGUACUAAUUAUAUAGGAAAUCAUUGGAUUUCUCAUGUCUGAUAUGAACUCUGUUUCGUUUUGUAUCUAUCUAUAAUCUUCCUUCGCUA